AUAAAAUAUCAUUGCAUCCACAGCAGCCUGAUCUUUAUACUAGAAUAUGAAGCUGAACACAAUGGACAGAGCGCUGCUGUACAGUGCAGUCUUAGCAAUCGCAUGCUUCCCGAUGAUCACAGCGGGGGAUGUAGGCUCCUGUAACUGUCUGGACAUAAACCUCGAGAACAGAUCCCCCUGUGGAUCUCCAGGGAUCCCCUUUGAGAGCUGUAAAGCUGCUGGCUGCUGCUAUGACCCCAGAUACUCGGGCGGUCCGACCUGUUACAAUAAUCAAAUCGUAACAAACCAGCAACUGGAGAAAGACCAGAAGCUGAAGGAGCAGCAAAAACUGGAAGAAUUAUGUAGAAAAUGUAAUGAGGGCCUUAUCAAGGGGGUGAUCGGAGCUAUAUUCGGAAGCGACAGAUCCCCAGACUGCAACAAAUGUAAAAAGCAGAGAAGGCACAGUUAAAAAUAAGAAAAUCCCACAACCUUUCCAUACAUGGAGUCGUCACUUGCCCACAGAACGCUUGAUUAUGAAUCGUGACACAGCUGAAAAAUCUGCUAGAAAUUUGUAUUUUCUGUACAGCUUACAUUAAAG